ACAACUAGAUAAUCUACACGGAUAAUUUUCUGGGUUUUAAAAUUCUUUAUUAUUUUAGCAUUGAUAGUGUUCAAUUUCCCAUUUUCUUUUAUGUAAAAGAUAAUCAUAUUUAUAGUAUCAAAAACAUAGAAAUCUCACUCAAAAGCCCCUUUAUUGAUUUUGUGCUCUUUAAGUAGGACAAUGUGAGCUCCUGGGAACUAAAAAAAUCAUUUAAAAUAAGUAACAUUCAAAUCGAUAUUUAUUGAUUAUUUAAAGAUAAAUGGAGAGGAAGUUAUUUAACACUUCUACAAACAUAAGACAUUAUUUAGAGAACUACCAAAAAAUGUAUUUACCUUUUAAAAUACAUCUAUAAAAUACAAUGUAAUAAUAACUUGAAAUUCCUAAACAAUACGAAUAAACGUAAUACAAAUAACCCAUCAGAAAUUAACAAUAUAAUGGAUAAUUCACAAGUUAAUUUAAUACAUUAUGAGAAUGAUAGAAACUGGAUAUUAUGGCGUAAUUCUACGCUAUUUUUAUUGAUUCUUUGUACUGGUAUUUUUAUAUCCAUUGAUAUUUAUACAAUAUCUGAUAGAAAGUAUGGAAUUGGUGAGUCGUCAGUAAUAAUUAAGAGAACAAUUAAAAAUAUUAUUGAAAAAGACAAAGAUAGUAGUACAGUGGAUUUCAUGAAUGAUCAAUCUAUACAUUGGAAUAUUAAUGAUGAUGAUGAUAAUAAAAUGAACGAAACUUUAAUAAGAUCUCACUAUUCAAAUCCUUACAGAUUAAAAAACUACAUGAAUAGUAUUACAAAAACAUGUUUAAAUAUGGAAUCUAUUGAUUGGAAUAUGAUGUUAUGGAGAGAUAAAGGAAACUUUUAUAAUGAACAACAUAUACGAUUGGUCAAUAUAAAUGCUAAAGGUGCUCAUCUUUUCAGUGAAGAUGUAAAUCAAUUGAAGAAUCAAAUGUCUUAUAAAAAAGAAGUUACUCAACAAUUUGACAAUCUAAGUUUUCUAUUAGCAUAUCCUUCUGGGAUUAGUGUCCACAUUAAUGUAAAAAAUAUCAGAUUACUGCCAGAAUAUGAAGAUGUUGAACAUUUAGCUAGUGAUAAUGGAAUUGUUAUGGAUCCUUCAAGAAAAUCGAAUAUGCAACAUUGGCGUAAACCACUUGAGACAAUCAUUAAAACAGCAUGUCGGUAGGUAUCCAUUACCUAAACAAUACUAUUUGGCUAUGCAUCCUUAUUUAGAUCGACAUACAACUGCUAGAAGAUAUAUAUGCCAACCAAAUAAUGUUAAUUCUCGUUUAUGUCCUGCUAAUUAUCCAAGUGGAUAUAUAUUUUAUGAUCGUUCUAUAAAUGGACAAUGUACACAAAAUCUUCAUAAUGCUAUACUCAUUUCAGAUAAAGCUUCAUAUCUACCUCCUCAACUAAAUAGUUUUUAUUGUACAAUCAAUUCACCAUUGGUCAAUAAAUUAUUUCAAGAAAACAUUAUAGAAAGUCAAUCAUACUUAAAAGAUAUGCACUGUGAUACACAACGACGUAUUUGUCAAACAUGUUUAAAACAAUCAUGUUUCAAUAGUAAAACUGAAGUAUUUUCAGAGACAAAUUUAAAGAAAGUUCAAAACAAUUUACUUAGUAAUCAUGUUGAAAUUGAAACUAAUCAUGAUUUUAAUGAAGAAAUAUUCUAUGGAAAUUUAUUGCGCGUUAAUACUAUCGAACAAAAUAUCAGGCAAGCUAAUGAUCCUGACUGUUGUGGUAUUAAAUGUUAUUCCAAUCCAAGUUGCCUUGAUUAUUUUGGUUCCCGUUGUGAGAUGUAUACAAGUAGACAUUCGAAUGCAACUGAGAUAUGUUUACAAGGUAAAACAUUAAAAUUUACUUUAAAUCCUGAAUUUGACUUUACUAAUGGGACUUAUAUAUGUCAUGUUCGACAUCGUCCUCCGAAAACUAUAUACACUAUUGAAACUUGGUUAACUCUUGAAAUUCAAAGUUUACCAAAAUUAGUAUGGAGUAGUCCUCGUUUAAAAUAUAACAUUCAAUUAAUGAAUAACGGAAAACCUUCAAGACGUAAAUCAAACAAAGUGAAUUAUUAUAUUCAAACUCUGGAGCAACGAUUUCUAAAACAUGGUAUUUUGUUGUUAUGGAAUGAGAAUAUUUAUUUAGAGCAUAAGACGAGUUUACCUAUAUGGGAUGAUGCAAUUAUUCAUAGAUCUGUUGACAAAGAAAUAUCACUGUUUCAACUGAAGUUUUUGAAAGAUUUUGGAACUGAACCUCCUCCACUUCAAAGACAUAAGGAGGAGAAAUACAUAGUUGUGCAGUUCUCUAAACCAUUUCAAUACAGUACUUCUAAUUGGGGCAAUCAAACAUGUCAAAUCAAUAUAAGUCAUAUUCAUCGUGCACAACCAAUCUAUGCAGAAAACACUAAAGUUUCAAUAGAAACUACAUCCAUUCCACGGAGAACUACAUCAAAUGCAUUCCUGUAUACAUUGAAAAAUUCACAAAAAAGAACAACCAUUGAAAUCAAAUCUCAUAUCAAUCAUUCCUUAUUAUACACUGCUGCUUGUUUAAACGGACUAACGUUUACACAAUCCAUACCCAAUGAAUUUAAUGAUAAAAUCAAUAACCCAAGUGAUGGAAAAUAUUCCACUGAACAGAUCGGUCGACUGUAUCCAGAAAUACAAGUAUCUACUCAAAGAUUGGAAACAAACUGUGAUUUGAACUCAACUUGGAGAGUGACUAUCACAGGCUCAACUACUACACAUAAAUCAACAUAUAUUCAUUUGAAAUUAUAUACUGAAUCAUUGAAAUCAUUAUCAAAUUUAAAGAAAACUAAUAGUUUGAUCCCAAUUGAUCCACAACAUAUUUUAUAUGAAAAAGAUUUAAUUCUAUUAAAUGAUCAAUUUGAUUUCAUUACAAACUAUUCUAAUAAAAAGAAAGAAAUAUCAUUUCAAAUUCAAUUGAAUAUUGAAUAUAUUCAAUUUCCAAUUGUAUCUACUCAUUUAUUUCAAUCAGUAUUAUUAAUAAUUCAUAUUAAAGAUUGUUUUACUGAUUAUUUAUUAAGUACAUUACUGAAUGCACAAAACAAUAUUCCAUUGUCAAAAUCCAUAAAUACUUAUCAGAGUAAUACGAUUAUGUUAAAAGAAUCUUUACCAAAUCAUAUAGACUCAUUAAGUGCUGAUAAAAUGCAUUUACCAUUUGUGAUUACAUGUUUAAUUAUUGGUCUUUCUUAUAUUAUACUUUUAACUAUAUAUACCAUUUUAAAAAUAUGUCAAGGAUCUAAUAAAUUCCAUACAAACAAUAUAAUUCCUAGUUCAACAAGUUAUAGCUCAAAUAAUGAAAUACAACAGAAACGUUAUUCAUCAUUUUCAGCUUAUUCUACAACUUUAUUAAAUAAUUAUCAUAGGACAAGUUCACAAUCUCAAUUAGCUCGUUUAACAUGUCCUCAAAAAGUUUGUAUUAUGAUCUAUUUAUGUUUUCGGGUAUUUUAUACUUUUCUGUUCACUAUCAGUGUUGGAUUAUCAUUUAUUUUAAGUAUUGAAACUGAUGCUACUGUGGAGUUUACUUCAGCAGUACAUAAUAAUCAUUUUAUUACAAUGAAUUCAUUUAGUAAUUAUAAUGGAAAUAUUGGUAGUAGAUUAAUUCUGCCAUCAGUGAUGAAUACAAUGACAUUGACAACGGAUAUAGGCAACAGAUGGCGUGGAGCUAAAGUAUGGGUAUUAGAAGCUGCUAGAAUGGAGGAUUUUUCUCAAACUGAAUUAUUAAGACAG